UAUUUUCACCCCUACAGUUUAAAUUUUAUGUAAUAGCACAUCACAAGCUUCGAAGUAGUUGCACUGGUUCAAGUAUUGCUUCAAUGCGUUACCUAAACUUGGAGCAGCUUACAAAAGCUCUGACAUCUCUAUAUAAUCUGUAUGAAGCAAAUUGGGGCUCCAAUUCCCCUUUCAGGAAUGAAGCUGAGUUUUAUUCAUUUUACGUGCUUCUUCAUCUUGAUUCUAAUGUCCAAGCAACGGGGGAGUCACUUUCUUUGUGGUUUCGUCGUGUUCCAUCUCCAAUUAUCAAGUCAGGAGAAAUGAGUUUUGCUCCCCAGGUACUUUCGGAUGGGCAAUUAUAAGCGUUUUCUCUGUGCUGCUGCUGAGGCAUCAUAUUUGCAGUACUGCAUUAUUGAACCAUAUAUUGAUCAGGUUCGAGCACUUGCUCUGUGCUGUAUAAAUAAAUGUGGCUAUAAGCUUCAUCCGUAUCCUCUGAUGCACUUAUCCGAGCUUCUGAUGAUGGAGGAGUCAGAUGUGGAUUUGUUUUGCAAUGCUUGUGGUCUUGAGACACGCACAGAUGAAGUUGGAAAUAGGUUGCUACCCACCAAGCAGACAACUUUUAAUUGUCCCCCGGAAGGUUUUCAAAGAUACAGCUUUUUGGGAUUGCAACAACUUGAGAGGCAAAUCGCAAGUUUCACCAUUUAGAGACAGUAUAUUGCUUGGAAAGAGUGGUUGAUGGCUUAACCUGAAUCACUGAUGUAUCAAUCGGCAACUAAAAUGUAACUUCUCUGUAUAUUUGGAUGGACUGUACACUUGUUGUAUCAUAGAUAUCAUGGUUGAUUCAGUUUUAUUAUGGCUGCAAUACGUUGAUUGUCUCCCUUAUAAUACAAAAGCUUGAUACCCAAUUUCAA